AAACGAUGGGUGUGGCUAACGGACUACACACGCCUUUUAUGCAAAUCUACCCACUAUUUUGGCUCAUAAUAUAGUGCGGUACUCGUUUCAGGUGUCCAUAGUGAGCUGUGGCCUGGGAAGGGAUUAUACACUUGCUGUAAAGAGUCAAGCGAAGUUCUCAUGAAGAACCGGAGAGCAACAUCAUCAAAAACAACAACAGCCACAUUAAAAACAGUCCAUCUGGAAAAAACGACAGGAUUAUUCAGCAAACGGCUGUGGACGCCUUCUUAACUUGUUGACAUGAAAGCUUUUAUUGUGUAAAUACUGAAGUGCGGGACUAAUUUCUGUUGCUGUAUUUUACCGGUGAACUGCAAGCCUUUAUUUUCGCCUUUCAAAUGACGUGCACUACACCGCGUCUAUUGGCACUACACUACGCUCUCGAUCUUUGAGAAGACGCAAAUGCCAGUAAUCAGUACAAACGGAUCGCGCAAUAAGAAGUGGGAGAUGGAGGAAUACGACCAAUAUCAGCAUUAUUUCUACGACGACCACAAUUUGGAUGAGGACUUUUUCAAAUCGACCGCACCGAGCGAAGACAUUUGGAAGAAAUUCGAGCUCGUGCCAACCCCGCCCAUGUCUCCUGUUAGGAUACUGGAAGGCACCGGCCCAUCUCCUGGGGACAGACUGGAGUGGGUGUCCCAAUUCCUGGGGCAGGACGACGAGCAGGAGGGACAGUGCAGACUCAAUGCGGAGGACACUUUCGAGAACUUGAGCUCCAUCAUUAUUCAGGACUGCAUGUGGAGCAGCUUCUCUGCCAGUCAGCGGCUGGAGAAAGUUGUCAACGAGAGACUGUCGGCGCAGUCGAAACUCGCCAGCAAGGCGCAGUGCGUCCCCGUGGACGCGCCGGGACUCAACAGCUUGGCGACAGAUUGCGUGGAUCCAGCAGCUGUCCUUACCUUUCCUAUGAGCGGCAGCUGCAAGAAACAGGUGUCGUCCGGGUCAGAAUCUCGCACCGACUCAUCUGAUGAUGAAGAGAUUGAUGUAGUGACCGUGGAACACAAGCAAAACAAGUCACGAUUGGUAAAUGCCCGUAAACCUGUGACCAUCACAGUUCGGGCAGACCCCUAUGACCCAUGCAUGAAGCGUUUCCACAUCUCCAUCCACCAGCAACAACACAACUACGCCGCUCGCUCGCCAGACAGUUAUCCUGAAGAGGAACCUCCCCUCAAAAAGAUCCGGCAGGAGAUCCAGCCACGGCUGGGGUCCACACCUCAAAUCUUCGAAUGCAAAAGCCAGUUACCCUCCCCAUCCGUUCCAGCCCCGUGUCAGAUUGCCUCUCCGACCCAUGCGUCUUACCACCCUAGGUCCCAACCAUCCAGCCCUCAGAGUUCAGACUGUGAAGACACGGACAAGCGCAAGACGCACAAUUUCUUGGAGAGAAAGAGACGUAAUGAUCUGCGUUCCCGCUUCCUGGCGCUUCGGGAUGAGAUCCCGGGCCUGGUUGAUUGUCCAAAGACGCCUAAAGUAGUGAUCCUGACCAAGGCCACAGAAUACCUGCGCACGCUGCAUGCCAGCGACAAAAAAAAGGCCCAAGAGAAGAAGCAGUUGAGAAGCAGGCAACAGCAGUUACUGCGGAAACUAGCUGAACUGAAACGUGCAUAAAAUAUCGAACCCUUACAGCCAGUCCAGCUAUUUUCAAUAGGAACUGUGUAGAGCUGCGUGUUUCGUUAAAAUAUGGAUAUUUAAUGGAACGGACUCUGUUUUGAGUUUAGAUCUUCUGUUUUUGUUCUUUGCACAUUUGCCUUUUGUAGCUGGAGAUACAGUAUACUUUAAAAAUCAGAUAUGAAGCCGGUGUACCGGUGUCCAGUAGACCCCACAAAGCUUCAGACAUUUUCCCAAAGAGAUUCCAAACAUCAUUCUUUUGAGAUUGAAAGAUCUAACCGUGAAUUAAUUGAAUGUGCUCUCUAAAAUUCUCUUGCAAAAGGUGAAGAUAUAUUAUUUCAUUAACUUAGCAUGCGAAAUUAGGCUUUAUUUGAAAGGUGGCAAUUUAUAUGCAUGUGUAAUUGAUCUUAUAAAAGGUUUUUGCAGCAGAAUGUCGAGAAAAUUAUCUGGUUAAAUAUAUCUAAGGGUAUUUUGAUCAAUCUGUUUUCUCCGUUAAUAGUGCUUUGUUACUUUUACACGAAAGGAGAGCUGUGUGCCCCUAUUGCCACUUGAUGACGGUGUGAGUUUUAUCAGGCAGGAAGUUGCAUCACUGUUAUUUUGUUACAUUAUGUGUUCCAUGUUUUUUUGUUAUUCUUAACAUUCAGGACAGCAUCCAGCACAGCCUUGCAGUGUAUAUAAACUGUGGCAUAUUCUUUGGACAUAUGUAUAUAAUUGUAGUGUUGUACAGAUCGUUGUGUAAAAAACAUACUUUGUGUUUGAAUACGAAAAUCAGCACUGUUAAUAGACUUUAUUUUCUAUUUUUCUGUCAUUUGUCCUAAAACUUGGUUGGCCUACCUGCCUUCCCUAAGAGUAUCUCAAAGUUUCUAUUUUUGUUAAAAAAGGUAAAAAAAUAAAAAAUGUAAAUAAAACAACACUAUCAACAUUUCAUUUUUAACACUAGCCACUUUGUUAUGCUGUUUUCGGUGCCUAUUCCCUUAUGUUCUGAAAUUUCUUUACUGUAAUAUCUCUUGUGGUGGGGAAAAACAAAUUGCUAAAAGAGUUUUGUACUAAUUAUAUUUUCUUACAGAAUUCAUUGUAUCAUUGUUUGAUUUCAAUUUGAAUGUGAAGUUAUACUGGUGGCAUAUGCCCUCCCAUAAUACUGUCGAUACUUAAAAUCUUUGCACUAUCAUUUGCCAAGUCGAAAUUUAAGAAACUGUAUGUCUUACAAGGUUAAAAUGCUGUCAGAAUAAUGUGACACAAUUUGACUUCAGUGUGCAUAUGCCACCAGUAACCUACAGGUUUUUUUUUUCAUUUUGUUCCUUGUCGUCAGGUGUCAUACUGGGAGAUGAAUGGCAGCAGCAUUGUCUAAGCACUUUGUGUUCUGUACCUCAUAUGCGUAUAUACAAAAACUCGAAAUUGGAUAAAUAAAUUCAGUUCAAAUCA